GUACUUGUACUCGGUCUGUGAGCGCUCCUCUGAUGACCAUCUAAAAACUCAGAUCUGCGGGGGUGGGGAAUCGACAAGUUUGGAUUAGGACUUUGAAAAACAUGGGAUUCGAGCUGGACCGCUUCAAGGGGACCGUGGACCCGGAUUUUAAAUGCAACUUGUGCAAUAAAGUCCUGGAAGACCCGCUGACGACUCCGUGCGGUCACGUCUUCUGCUCAGGCUGCGUGCUGCCCUGGGUCGUCCAGCAGAGCAGCUGCCCCGUCAAAUGUCAGCGGAUCUCAACCAAAGAGCUGAACCACGUCCUGCCUUUGAAAAACCUCAUCCUGAAGCUGGAGAUCAAAUGUGACAACCACGCGAGGGGCUGCGAUGCGGUGGUGAAGCUGCAGCAUCUGGCCGAGCACGCCGAGAUGUGCGACUACUCCCCGGAGAAGUGCAGGAAUAAAGGAUGCAACGAGGUGCUUAGCCUCCGGGACAUGGAUGCUCAUAUGCGGGAGACUUGCGACUACAGACCGGUGGGGAUGUGCGAGAGCGGUUGCGGAUUGAUGCUCACUCGUAGAGAGCAGAUAUUAAACAGCCACUGCUGUAUGAGAGCCCUGAAGGCGCACAACAGCGCGCUGCACUGCAAAAUGAUCAGCCUGGAUAGAGAGUUCAAGAAGCAGACUAUUAAAGCCAACAAGAGAGAGAAGUCACUCCUGGCACAACUUUCCGCCGUGCACACCGAGCUGCAAAUGACAGCUCUGAAAUAUCAGAAGAAAUUCACAGAGUACAGCGAGAGGAUCGAUUCCCUAACCAAGACCGUGGCUUUCUCCUGCAAGGACGACAAUGACAGCACUUCCAAUGAAGGAAUCUUUGUAUCCAAGAUCAUCGAGGAAGGUCCGGCGGACAAGGAAGAAGGGCUUCAAAUCCACGACAGAAUACUAGAGGUCAAUGGCAAGGACCUGUCCAAGGCCACCCACGACCAGGCGGUGGAGGCCUUCCGCACCGCCAAGGAGCCCAUCAUGGUCCAGGUUCUGCGCCGUGCCCCACGUCCCAAAGUGGUCAGCCCGGCUAGUGACACCCAGGUCUCAGACAUCAGCACCCAGACCGACAUCACCCUCCAGCACAUCAUGGCCCUCACCAAGCUGUCUCCCCCUUCACCCCCCAUGACGGAGCUGGAGGAGUAUCUACUUCCAGAGGAGCAUCCUCCACAUGCAUACUUUGACCCCAAUGACUUCCUGGAGGUGAUGCAGCAGGACAUAGAGCGUGAGGAGCUUGAAUAUGAGGAAGUGGAUUUGUACCGGGCCAAUAUCCAAGAGAAGCUGGGCCUGACAAUCUGCUACAGGACUGAUGAUGAGGAUGAGGCUGGGAUCUACAUUAGUGAGAUUGAUCCAAACAGCAUUGCUGCCAAGGAUGGCAGAAUUAGAGAAGGGGACAAAAUCAUUCAGAUCAAUGGUGUUGAGAUCCAGAACCGGGAAGAUGCUGUAGCGCUGCUGACCAGUGAGGGGAACCAGAAUAUCUCUCUGCUGGUGGCCAGACCAGAGAUCCAGCUGGACGAGGGCUGGAUGGAUGAUGAUAGGAACGACUUCCUGGAUGACCUCCACAUGGACAUGCUGGAGCAGCAGCACCAUCAGGCCAUGCAGUUCACUGCCAGCAGACUGCAGCAGAAGAAGCACGAGGAGGAUGGAGGCACCACAGACACAGCCACGUUGCUGUCCAACCACCACGAGAAGGACAGCGGGGUGGGCCGCACAGACGAGAGUACACGAAACGACGAGAGCUCGGAGCAAGAGAACCUCGGGGACGACCACACCACCAACACGCUGGGCAGCUGCAGAAAGCUCACCUACAGCCAGGACACCCUCGGCAGCACCGACCUGCCCUUCAGCAGCGAGUCGUUCAUCUCCGCCGACUACACUGACACUGACUUCCUGGGCAUCCCGGUGGAUGAGUGCGAGCGCUUUAGAGAACUCCUGGAACUGAAGUGCCAGAUGCAGAGCGGUGGAGCCCAGGGUCUAUACUACCAGGGUGGUGGGGCUGGAGGUCAGGACCAAGAGUGUGUUGACAAAGAGCUGGAGUUGCUCAACGAGGAGCUGCGCACCAUCGAGCUGGAGUGCUUGAACAUCGUCCGCGCUCACAAGAUGCAACAGCUGAGGGAGCAGUGUCGCGAGUCCUGGAUGCUCCACAACAGUGGCUUCCGCAACUACAAUACCAGCAUUGACGCACGUCGCCACGAGCUCUCAGACAUCACGGAGCUGCCGGAGAAAUCGGACAAGGACAGCUCCAGUGCCUACAACACUGGCGAGAGCUGCCGCAGCACCCCUCUCACGUUGGAGCUGUCUCCAGACAACUCGCUCCGCCGAGGAGCAGAGAAUCAGGGUCCGGCUGGUGCGUCCAGCUCCGCCAGCUCCAAUGGCAAAACCCUCAAACCUCUCCUGUCCCCCGUCCAGGAAGCCUGUGGCCCCAGUCGGAGCAGAGGCUCCUCCAAGGAUCCCGAUGGAGCCUUGCAAGCAGAGAGCAAGGAGAGGAAGUCGGGAGAGUCCAGUAAGUCCGGGCGGAGCUUUUCCCAGCCACAUUCACCGUACAAGCAUGCCCACAUCCCGGCUCACGCCCAGCACUACCAGAGCUACAUGCAGCUGAUCCAGCAGAAAUCCGCCGUGGAGUACGCCCAGAGCCAGAUGAGUCUGGUCAGCAUGUGCCGUGAUGCCAUCAGCCCCAGUUACCUGGAGCCUAAGAUGGAGUGGAAGGUGAAGAUCCGCAGCGACGGCACACGCUACAUCACCAAGCGGCCUGUCCGGGACAAGCUGCUGAGGGAGCGCGCCCUGCGCAUUCACGAGGAGCGCAGCGGUAUGACCACAGAUGAUGACGCCAUAAGCGAGCUGAAGAUGGGCCGCUACUGGAGCAAGGAGGAGAGGAAGCAGCACGCAGUCCGCGCCAAAGAGCAGAGGCAGCGCCGCGAGUUCAUGAAGCAGAGCCGGGCCGAUUGUCUGAAGGAGCAGCCCGGCCCAGAGGACAAAAAGGAGCCCAACAUCAUCGAACUCAGCCACAAAAAGAUGAUGAAAAAGAGAAGUAAGAAAAUAUUUGACAACUGGAUGACCAUCCAGGAACUGCUGACCCAUGGUACCAAGUCACCAGAUGGCACAAGGGUUUACAACUCACUGCUGUCUGUGACCACAGUCUAAGUCCUGGUCUGAGUUCAGGUGGCAGAUCACCCGGAGGAGGACGGACUGGAGCGUGAUGGACUGUACAUAGGACACUACCAGUAGGGGUAAAUAUUCCUGCCUCGUUCAAUGUGGCAACAUUUUGUAAAUAGAAAAUAAGGAAAGCCCUUCCUGGACGAACAUUUUCCACCACUGUGGUGACGAGAAGGCCUUUAUAAUGAUGGUUGAACUUGACAUGAAUGGGACAUGGCUAUGAUGACAAUUUUGAAAACCUUUUUUUUUCCAUAUUCUUUCAAUAACCUUUUCUACCUUUUGUGCUUGCCCAUUUAAAUAUUUUUGGAAACACACACACAAUGUGUGACUUUUUCAGAGGGUUUGUAAAGUGUGUAAAGACUAUGUGCCAUACAUAAACAGCCAGCAUUUACACUAUUUUGCAUUAUUUUGUUCUUACUAUAUAUCUCUUAUGAGUAUUUUACUGUUAUGCAUACUUAGUGCUUUUAUGGAAACAAUGCUAUUUUCCUGCAAGGUAGAACACGUAAUCCUUUUCAAAAGGUCUCUUGUAAAUUAAAAAAAAUAAUAACUUUUUGUAACAAAUCCACUUUUUUUUUGGUUUUAACUUCUCUCUAACGGGGCUGAUUUCCCAAAGUAAAUAACACCAGCGUUGUACCAUCCGUUUCAUAAUGUAAUGGACAUCAUAACAUGAUAUCAUUGUGUAAGUACGUAUCUUUAGACAAAGAUGUUCCUCACAUUGAAAUUGAAAUGUCAGUUUGUUAAAGCACACAUUGUAGUCACUUUUGCUUUUCUUAGGGUUUCAUGUAUUGGAAAGAAGAAACAGCGUAAUAAAUCCUUACUUAGCCACACAAUUUGAUGUCUUGUAUGAUGAGAGAAAUAAUAAAUUAUUGUUUUAUAUAUGAUGA